AUGAAUCCACUUCCCUCAUCCUGUUGGAACACCUCUGUUGAACUUUUGAACAAAUCCUUGGAUAAAGAAUUUGCUUAUCAGGCCCCCAGCAUUGUUGAUGCUGUCAUCCUUCCUUCCAUGAUUGGAAUUAUCUGUUCAACGGGGCUGGUUGGCAAUAUCCUCAUUGUAGUCACUAUAAUAAGGUCAAGGAAACAAACAAUCCCUGACAUUUAUAUCUGCAACCUGGCUGUGGCUGACUUGGUCCACAUCACUGGAAUGCCUUUUCUUAUUCACCAGUGGGCCCAAGGAGGACAGUGGAUAUUUGGAGGGCCUCUCUGCACCAUCAUCACAUCCCUGGACACAUGCAACCAGUUUGCCUGUAGUGCCAUCAUGACUGUAAUGAGUAUGGACAGGUAUACACUUUACUUGACAAUCACAACUUUCCUUUUCCCUUUACCUUUGAUUUUGAUGUGCUAUAUUUUAAUUUUAUGCUAUACCUGGGAGCUGUAUCAACAAAAUAAGGAUGCUGGAUGUUACAAUCCCAAUGUUCCAAGGCAGAGAGUAAUGAAGCUGACAAAGAUGGUGUUGGUGCUGGUGGCAGUAUUUAUUCUAAGUGCUGCUCCCUAUCAUGUGAUACAGCUGGUGAACUUACAGAUAGAGCAGCCCACACUGGUCUUCUAUGUGGGCUAUUACCUUUCCAUCUGUCUUAGCUACACCAGCAGCAGCAUUAACCCUUUCCUCUACAUCCUGUUGAGUGGAAAUUUCCGAAAGCGUCUGCUUCAAAUUCAAAGGAAGAUGACUGAGAGGAAAAUCAACAAUAUGGAAAACACAUUGAACUCAAACUUUUAA